AAGGGCGCUCCACGCUGGACCUCAAAGCACCAGAGUUACUGCUCUAGGCCUAAAGACUUGGCCUUUUCGGCCCAACCCUGGAUCCUGGAACCAAACUCCCUCUGUUCAGGCCUGCAGAGGAUGCCACCGAAGCCUCCCUCCUCCCCUUGUGCGCAUGCGCACUGCUGCAGCGAGCCAGAGACACACACAUACAACCCCUACCCCCAACCCCCUUCCCCUGUCCAGCAGCUGGGGACCUGGCUUGCAGCCUCCGCAGGGCUAGAAGCCCAGAACCUAGUCAAAGAAACUGGUGGCACUCGGACUCUCAGGUCCGAGAUCUGAUGUCCCAGAGCUUUCAGCAUCACGAUCUUCCGUCGCACUUUGGUGCGGCCGCUGCAGCGCUGACCGCGCUCGCGACCCACCCUCCCGGGAUACCCGUCACCUGGGUGGCCCGCGGGCUCGUGCGGCCUACGCUGUUCUCCGGGGACCCGCUCUGAGGACCCCUGGGGCUCAGGUGGCCGCUCGUGGGUACAGCUGCCAUCCUGACGCGCUGCACCUACACCCCGGCCUGGCUGUGGACAAGGACCGAGAGGGAAGGCGGGUCCGUGAUUUGCACCGGCAGGCCUGGGGAGCAAAGAGCCGGGGGACACCUCGGACCAAGAGGCUGGGCAGCCCCCGGAGUGGUAACCCCUGAAGCAGAGUGGCCCAAGCAGUAAACUCGGGCACGGGUGACUGUGGGCUGCUGCAGUCUAUCUCGCUUGCUGGGAUGCAGACGGGUGGGGUCACCAGGGACCCCUGAAGUGUGGAAGAGGAUUCUGAUCAAGUUCAGAAAAGCAUAGGGGUGAAGCCAGAGGACGUGGUGGCACACACUUGUCAUCUCAGGAUUUGGGAGGUGGAGGCAGGAGGAGAAGGCACUCAAGGUCAUCCUCUGCUGCCUAACGUUGGGUUUGAAGAGAUCCCGUCUGAAAGGAAGGAAAAAAAAAAAAAAGGAAAACAAGGCCUGGAGUGUCUUGAAGUCGCUCUGCCAGUCUUCAAAAGAUGCCCUAGAAGCCAGCAGCCACUACUUUUGUUUAAAAGUGAGAUUAUGUCUCUGGGACAGUUCUGCUCUCGUGGCUGCUCCCUCUCCCUCCAGCUCCAGCCUCUGUGAACAGCUUCUCUAGAACAUGAUCCUUGGGGAAGGACAAGCCAGUUCUUGCAAUUCUGGAAUCAUGGCGCAUAGUAUGGUGAUGUUCAGAGAUGUGACCGUGGACUUUUCUCAGGAAGAGUGGGAGUGCCUGAGUUCCUACGAGAGGGAUCUGUACAAAGAUGUGAUGCUGGAGAACUACAACCACUUGGUGUCACUUGCAGACUGUUCCAUUUCUAAGCCAGAUGUGAUCACCCUGUUGGAACAAGGGAAGGAGCCCUGGAUGAUUGUGAGGGCUGAGAAGAGAAGGUGGAGCCAAGACCUGGAAUCCAGAUACAGUGGUAAAGUGUUAUUUCCAGAAAAGAAUACUUAUGAAAUUAAUCUAUCUCCGUGGGAACUAAUGGAAAGAAUUAAAAGGCGUGGCCUCAAAGACUCCCUUUUGGAAAAAGACUUUGAAUAUAAAAUAUUGGAAGAACAAGAGAACUCUCGUAGGGUAUAUUUCAGACGCGUGAUAAAAACCACCCCUGGAAAAAGACCUCCUUACCGAAAACGCACAUCUAUUAGCCUCUAUCAGAAAACUCCUAACCGAGAAAAGCCCUACGAAUGUGAGGAGUGUGGGAAGGCUUUCAGAGUCCGUCAACAACUUACCUUCCAUCAGAGGAUCCACACCGGCGAGAAGCCCUACGAAUGCAAGGAAUGUGGCAAAGCCUUCCGCCAGUGCGCCCACCUCAGUCGCCAUCAGAGGAUCCACGCUUCUGACAAGCUCUACGAAUGCAAGAAGUGUGCAAAGAUCUUCACAUGUAGCUUGGACCUUCGAGGGCAUCAGAGGUCUCACGUGGGCGAGAAGCCCUACCCGUGUAAAGAGUGCGGGAAGGCCUUUCGAGUCCGUGGACAGCUCAUGCUCCACCAGAGGAUCCACACCGGCGAGAAGCCCUAUGGCUGCACCGAGUGCGGCAAGCGCUUCCGGCAGGUAGCGCACCUCACUCGGCAUCAGAGGCUCCGGGGCGGCAGCUCGCGCCACGAGUGCACGCAGUGCGGCCAGGCUUUCCUGUGCAGCACGGGCCUCCGGCUGCAUCACAAACUGCACACGGGAGAGAAACCCUACGACUGCAAGGAGUGUGGGAAGGCGUUCCGGGUGCGGCAGCAGCUCACCUUGCACGAGAGGAUCCACACCGGCGAGAAGCCCUUCGACUGCAAGGAGUGCGGGAAGACCUUCAGCCGCGGCUACCACCUCACCCUCCACCAGAGGAUCCACACCGGGGAGAAGCCUUACGAGUGUAAGGAAUGUCGCAAGUUCUUCCGCCGGUACUCGGAGCUCAUUUCACACCAGGGCAUUCACAUUGGGGAGAAGCCCUACGACUGCAAGGAAUGCGGGAAGGCUUUUAGGCUGUUCUCCCAGCUGACCCAGCACCAGAGCAUCCAUUUCGGUGAGAAGCCCUACAAAUGUAUGGAAUGCGAGAAGACUUUCAGGCUCCUCUCACAGCUUACGCAGCAUCAGAGCAUUCACACGGGCGAGAAGCCCUACGACUGUAAGGAGUGCGGGAAAGCCUUUCGGCUCCACUCGUCCCUCAUUCAGCACCAGAGAAUCCACUCUGGCGAGAAACCGUACAAAUGUACAGAGUGUAAGAAGGCCUUCCGUCAACACUCACACCUCACCUACCAUCAGCGGAUUCAUAAGAAUUCGCUUACAGGUGGCACCCAGUGUGGCUUAGGCAUAAUGGGUAAUUCUGCCUUAAAUGUGAUAGAGGAAAGGUCAGGUUAUGAGGAGUUAACAGUGUUCUUUAAGGAGGAGUUUCAAAUAAUGGCCCAGGUAAUGACGUUCAGAGAUGUGGCCGUAGACUUCUCUCUGGAGGAGUGGGAGUGUCUGAGCUUGGAGCAGAGGAGUCUAUACCGAGACGUGAUGCUGGAGAACUACAACCACCUCGUCUCAGUGGGACUUUGCAUUUAUCAACCACAUGUGUUCCCUGUAUCAGAAAAAGAGCAAGAUGCCUGCAUGGAUUUGGGCAAUGAGAUGAGCAGAUUUUGCCCAGAUACAGAUUCCGGGUGGCAGAUGAAGAAAGUCCUACGAAAAAGCAGCACAUGCGCGAGUCGGUUGUCCCACUGGAAGGUAACGGGAAUGGAGCCAAACCACAGGCUUGAAGGCUCAUGUCCUGCCGACUGGGAAGGCGAAGGUCAGGAUCCAUCACAAAAUGAGAGUCAGGAGGAAAACCUCAAGCAGAUGACACUCACAUACGACAGAUCGCCCCUUCCGAAUCUGCUUACAGCUUUUAAUCAGUGUCCAAGGCUGAGUACAGCAGAGAAAGCAAAGGAGCUUAAAUCUGAGAAAUCCUUUACUUUUGCACCAGAGCCCUCUCGACUUCAGUUCAUUCACACAGGUGAGAAAUUCGAGGAAGAUAAGAAAUGCGGAAAGACCCUUCCUCCUGGCACUAAACUUCCUCGCUACCGUGCAGUUCACGACGGCAAGAAGGCAUUUCAGUGUGACGAGUGUGGCAAGGCUUUUAGCUUCCGUUCUAGCCUCACUGGUCACAAGAGAAUUCACACUGGGGAAAAGCCUUUCAAAUGUAAGGAGUGUGGGAAAGCCUUCAGAUUUCAUUCACUACUCAGUGUCCAUGUUCGGACUCAUACUGGCGAGAAGUCUUACGAAUGUAAGGAAUGUGGAAAGUACUUUAAUUACAGCUCAGACCUGACUCGCCAUCACCGGAUUCACACUGGAGAAAAGCCCUAUCAGUGUAGGGAAUGUGGGAAGGCCUUCAGCUGUGGCUCAGACCUGACGCGUCACGAGAGGAUCCACACUGGCGAGAAGCCCUAUGAGUGUAGUGAGUGUGGGAAGGCCUUCAUCCAACAGUCACAUCUCAUUAAACAUCAGAGAAUCCACACAGGUGAAAAACCUUACGUAUGCAAGGAGUGUGGGAAAGCCUUCACGUGUGGGUCACAAUUAAGUCAACAUAGAAAGAUUCAUACUGGUGAUAAAUUGCAUAAAUGUAAAGAAUGUAAAAACUCCUUUAGUUUUGCCUUAGAUCAUACCCAGCGGCAGUUAAUUUACAUUGGUGAGAAGUUCUUUGAGGAUAAGGAAAACGGGAAGGCAUUCUUUCCGGACGCAGAAUUUCCCCAGUGUGAGACAGUUCACACCGGUAAGAAACUGUACGAGUGUAAAGAAUGUGGCAAGGCCUUUAGUCUGCGCUCCAUCGUUAGUAGUCUUAAAAAAAUUCAUAACAGGGAAAAACUCUUUAAAUGUAAGGACUGUGAAAAGGCCUUCCGUUGCCCCUCAGACCUCUCUCGACAUCAGAAGAUUCACACUGGCGAAAAACCCUACAAGUGUAAGGAAUGUGGGAAGGGCUUUAUUUGCAGAUCUGACCUUGGCCGGCAUCAGAGAGUUCACACUGGUGUGAAGCCUUAUGUGUGUAAGGAGUGUGGGAAAGCUUUCACUCGAGGAGCACACCUGACUCAACAUCAGAAAAUUCAUAGUAAGAAAUCACACGAAUUCAAUGAAGGAGAGAAGGCUUUCAGUUCUGGUUUAGAACACACUCCACAUUCCCUGAUUCAUAUGGGUGAGCAAUUCUGGGAAGGUAAGGAAUACGGAGAGACCGUCCUUCAUGAUCCAGAACGUUCUCAACUUCAGACUGCUAAGACAACAUAUGACUGUAAGGAGAAGGGUAAGGACUUUAGUUGGCGUUCACGCAAUACGGAUCUCAAGACAAUUCAUAUUCGGGAGAAACGUUUUCAAUGCAAGGAAUGCCCAAAGGCCUUUAGAUACAGCUCAGAACUAACCCGACAUCAGAGACUCCAUACUGGAGAAAAGCCGUAUAAAUGUCAGGAGUGCUGGAAAGCAUUUGCUUCUGCGUCAGACCUUGCCCGGCACCAGAGGAUCCACACUGGCGAGCGGCCCUAUGAGUGUAGUGAGUGUGGAAAGGCCUUUAUUCAACAGUCACAUCUCAUUAAACAUCAGAGAGUUCACAGUGCCGAGCAGCCCAAGGACAUGAUGAAUGCAGACAAGCCGUUACUUGGCAGUCAGAUGGUAUUAAACAUGAGAGAGUUCACACUGGUCAACAAUCUUAUAAACUUAAGGAGUGUUGGAAAGAUUCUGCUCAUGGCUCAGCUCAAUCAGUGUCAGAAGAUUUAUCCUGACGAAAAAUUAAGUUAAGGUGGAGAACUCGGAAAAGCCGAUUUCUGGGUCUCAAAUCUUACCCAGCACUAGAAUGUCCACAUUGGUGGGAAAUCUGUAACAGAUCUUGGGAAGCCUUCGGCUGUAACUCAAGUCUCUGUCCAUGUCAGUCCAUGGGGUAGAAAAUCCUACAGUGUAAACAAUGUGGAGACUUUGUGGGUUCACAUCUUGCUCAAAGAGAGAAAAUCCAUGAGAGGAAACUGGAUAUAAGAUAUGGAUAGUAAAUCCUCAAAAGGGACAUAAAAGAAUGUGGAAAUGCCUUUCAGAUUCACGGCUUUAGAGAGUGUAGCCUGGCAAGCAACCCUGGCUAUCCCAGAAAGGUGGAAAACCUUUUAUCUUGGACUCACCUCUCAUAUGACAGGAAGUUCAUACUGGUGCAGAGCCCCAACAAUGUCUGAAGUGAUUUUAGUUACUCUGUCAGCUUGGGUCAACACCUGGACAUUUAUACGAUUUCCUGAGGCAGGAAACCCAGAGCCUGUGUGUGCUGAACACACACUCUUGUUUCUCAGCUGCAUCCCCAGCCCUUACAUUUGAGGAAGCCCAUGAAGAUGAGUAUGUUGAGAUGUUUUUCUAAGAGCUUACACUUUUCACUACUAUGUUAUCUUGUGACACAAAAACAAGAAAAGCUAAUUUCUAACUCAUUGAGUUCAUUUCUUAAAAAAAAAAAAAGCUUUUGGCAAAAUAACAUGUCUGUCAGUCUGUCAUUCAAAGUCAUGAUGUGAUUGCUGUUAAUUUAGGAAAAACUCUACUUGUGGGUUAUGUAUGGUGAGGAUGCCUCAUAAGGAAAGUGGCAUAUGGCUCUAUUGUAGAGUAUUUGCAGUGACAUUUAAUGUGUAACAUGUGAGACAUGAUUUUUAUAUGUGUAUUACUUACUUUCUAGGGAAACUUGGAAGUGUUUGUUUUUUAACACAACACAAAAAGCCCAAACAAAUUUUUAAAAAUUCAGAAUUGUAUUUUAAAAAGUUCUGUGAGGGCUGGAGAUGUGGUGCAGUUGGUAGAGUGCAUGCCUGGCAUGCAUGAAGCCCUGGGUCUGCUCUCUAGCUGCAUAACCAGGCACUGUGGCAUACGCCUGUGAUGCUGGUGCUCAGAAGCUGAGGGUCAUGCUUGGACGAUGUAGUGAAUUCAAGGCCAACCAGGAAUUCAUGAGACUGACUCAAAGGAAAAGGAAAAUCAUGUCCAACCUACGUUACCAUGAGAUCUAUAAUAUAUAUUUAUAUAACGUAUAUAUCCUGUGGAAGAAAAGGAAAUCCUGCAGAGAAUCUGUAAGCUUAUUUAGCAUAAUUCCUACAUUUGAAAAGUUUCAGUUAUAAAGGUAAAUGAAAAGUCACGGAAGAGGUGAGCAUUGAAAGAGAUGAUGGUGCUAGCUUCUUGUUUGAGCGUUUCUUGUGGAUGGAUGACAGUUCCAAAUGAUGCAGAUGUAUGUUUAGUUCAGUCCCGGGUGUCGUACAAGUGCAGUUCCUGGUACCUCUCUUAGUACUAUGUCUUAUGCAAUUGUGAGUAAGUGUACAUACAGGACAUUUAAAGGUGUCUUGUGUGCAUGGCAUUCUGAAAUUAUUGUUAUCUAUGAACUUUACCACAUGGAGAAUUUUUCAUAUAUCUUUAUUGUAAUAAAGCCAUAUUACUUCAUGCUGA